AUGGAUCGCUUCAAGGAAGCAAUGGACGGGCUUCAAGCAUUCAUCCGUCAAAAGGAGCAAGAGGAAGUCCAAAGAACAUAUGAAGCUAUCGAGGCUAACCUUGCCAAAAUUAAAGCCAACUUAGACUCAUGGGAUUCAUACCAUAGACAAAACAUCUCCAUGGAUGAAUGUGAGAAAUCAACCGAAGAGUGGAGUAUGAAAGAGAUUUUAGAAUCCCAACAUGAGGACAAGGAAAUGGAGUAUGUUGUGCAAAAAGUGGAGGAGGAAGAGAUUGUUGAUAAAGAAGAAAUAGUUGAAAAUUUAGGGGAGGUUGAACAAGAGGGGAGCUAUAUCAUUGAAGACAACUCUACAUCAAGUGACAAUGGUGAUCUUGUUGAAACUUCUUCCACGAGAUGUGAAACCGAUAUUGAGGAGGAAUGUGAACAACUUCCAAUACAUAUUUUGAUUAAUGAGAAAGAGUUGGAAGAAGUUAGCAAACAAGAGGAGAUUGAAGAAAGUUGUCAAAAGAUGGAAGUCAUCAAGGAGGAGUCAAAGGAAGUGGAGCUUACAAUGUCAAGACCAUUGGAUAUCUUCCUUGCUAUGUCACCAUCCAAAUUACAAGUUGAAUGGGUAACCAUCUCAUCCUUUAAUUUCCUUGGCCCAUAUCAAUAUGCAUUGUUAAAAACGGAUGGUCAACUUAGAGCUAUGUGUGGGUUAGAAAGUAGAAAAGUAUUGGCCAGUUGGGUGUUGGUUGGCAACAAGAAUCAAGGUGCAUAG